AUGAGACUAGUGCGAUAUCAUUUCACCUACCUGACCAACCUUGUGCGAUGUUGGAGACUUUUUACAAAAGCAUCAUUGCUCAGCGGUUUCUGUCAGCAACGAAGACAGAUUUGCGGUUGCAAGAUGGCGUCUGGCGGUGAUUUCAAGGACUUUGGCCCACUGGUCGGAGCGAUCGAUCAAGGAACUUCAAGUACUCGAUUUUUGGUACGUGUUAACGAUUUUUUUAUGAUAAGGCUUCAACUAAGUGCUCUGCAUUGUGACUGCUUUAAAUAAUGCGGUGUUUGUGUGUGCUUUACUCCGGAUUGGUCCGAUCAUGAGAUCAUGCCAUGCCCGACAUUAGAUCGGUAGAGUCUAGAGCCUUUGUCGACUUGAAGACGAUUGAUGUGUAAUGCCUCUUCUUGUUUCUCAGACGUUGUUAUUAAAGAAAAGGUAACGAUAUGCAUAGGGCUACUGUGUACAUUCGGUAUUGUUCGUCAUUUUACCAAGCUUAAGCCUCAAUCUAAGUGAAAUGAACCCCGAGGCUAGCCAACCAUCGGAUAGCCUUAUGUUAUGUUGAAAAUGCUGCUGAAAUAUUCGUUCAAUUAGCAAAUGUUUGAUAGCAUAUUUCCUUUUAGAUUGAAACUUUAUUAUUUUAUUAUUAUUGAACCUUUUUCAUUGUUAUUAUUAUUUUAGAUCAAAUCUCUGCACCUCAUUUUAUUGGUGUAACCUUUGUAACCGUUGCCCCACCCUGUUAAAAAAUUUCUCCAAAAACGUGGGGGUGGGGAAUGGGAGGGGUGCAGUCAUAAGAAUAAGAGACUGUUGAUAUUGAAUAAUAAUUCCUUUGCGUCUGUAAAUGAUUUUUGAUCAGCUCUAAGCUUCUCCUUCCAAACUGCCCUGUUUUUGCUUGUGAAACAAGGUAGAAUUUCACAUGAAGAUCAAGAGUCACUUGACUUUGGCACCAGCCACCCCUUCAGGAGCUGGUCAUUUAUUACCUGUGAGGGGGAGGGAGGGGGUGUAUCCAAUGUGAGAAACCUAAGAAGAUUGUCAGUUCGAUCCCCAGUUCAUCCUAGCUUUUUAGAAAUUAUAAAUUCUACAUAUUGUGAAAGUAUGAAACUACAAAUAUUGUAACUACACACUGUGGUGAAGUUCACCACAAACUUUAUCUAAAGUAGUGUUUUUAAGGUCAGUGUUUACUUUUUAUGACUGUUACAUUCAAUUUCAAUUGACACUCAUUACUGCUUUGUACUACUUUCAUGAAAUCUAUUAAGGUGGCUCGAUACAGUUUUUCAAGGCCAAUACCUCCCAAGUUUGAGCAUAACCUACGUCGCCAUAAACAAAGUUUUGGAAAAAUUGCCCCCACAGUUGUAUUAGAUAAAGAUGAAAAUCUUUUAUUAUCAGGGUUGCAAUGACAUCGGAGUUGUCAUAGCAACAAAAUGAAGCUAUUACCUGUUUUACUUACAGAAGUAUUUCUCGGCACUGGGAACUGUUCUUCCAAAAUUAUUCAUGGGAGCUUUUUCCUCCAAUAGCCAUCUCGAUGUUCGUGAAGUUUAAGCGAAAUCUGUAAGAACGUUAUCGAGAUAUUUUGGGAUCAAGAUUUUGUGGUUAGAAAUAUGGUAAAAAAUGGAUAAUCUUGAUGUUCGGCUGUUAUUUGUAGAAAAUGAAGCGCUUUUGACAUGCAAUUUCACCUGAUAGUAGUUUCACUCUUUUUAAAAAUGUGUGCGAAAGACCGCGGAGAUAGCUCCAGCCGAUUGCUAGAAAGAAGGAUUUGAUUAGUAUGUAUCGAGGCGCUUUUGUUAGCGGUUUUUGAACAUUUUGGUCUACUUUAACAAAUUAGCGAAUAAUUUUUAAACCGCUUGAUAGAUUUUUUAAAAAAAAUAAGAUUCUUGAGAUUAACCUUCCUUUUAUAUGACCUUUAGUUUCAAGAUUAUUGAUAUAUUGUAAGGCAGUAAAAUAAGGGCUACAAUUCGCCAAUAUUUUGGCAGAAAUUUUGUGUUUACAAAUGUGAGCCUCUCAUUAUUCAGGGUAUUGUCCCCAAGUUUCAUAAUUUCGCGCAUAACAAUAGCUAGCAUUUUUGCAUGUGUCAAAUGUAUUGUUAGUUACUGUUGUUCACGUGAAAAGGAAACUUGGAGGCAAUGCCUUGAAUAAUGAGAGGCUUUCACUUGUAAUAACGAAACUUCCGCUAAAAAAGUAACGAAUUGUAGCCCUUAUUUUACUGCCUUACAAUGUAUCAAUAAUCUUGAAACUAAAAGGUCAUAUAAAAGAAAGGUUAAUCUCAAGAAUCUUAAAUUUUAAAAAAAAUCUAUCGAGCUGUUUAAAAAUUAUUCACUAAUUUGUUAAAGAAGACCAAAAUGUUUACAAAACUGCUAACAAGAGCGCUUCGAUACAUACUAAUAAAACCCUUCUUUCUAGCAAUCGGCUGGAGCUAUCUCCAUGAUCUUCCACACACGUUUUUAAAAAGAUUGGAACUACUAUCAGGUGAAAUUGUAUGUCAAAAGCGCUUCAUUUUCUACAGAUAACAGCCAAACAACAAUAUUGUCCAUUUUUUGCUGUGUUUCUAAUCGUAAAAACUUCAUCCCAAAAUAUCUCGAUAACGCUUUUACAGAUUUCGCUUAAACUUCACGAACAUCGAGGCUGCUAUUGGAAAAAAAAGCUCCCGUGAACGAUUUUGGAAGAACAGUUCUCAGUGCUGAGAUACACUGCUGCAAGUAAAAUAGGUAAUAGCGUCAUUUUGUUGCUAUGACAACUUCGAUGCCGUUGCAACCCUGAUCAUAACAAAUUUUCAUAUUUAUCUAAUACAACUGUGGUGGCAACUUUUCCAAAACUUUGUUUAUGGCGACGUAGUUUAUGCUCAAACUUGGGAGGUAUUGGCUCUGAAAAACUGUAUCGAGCCACCUUAAAAUGACCCCCAGGUAAUGCUCCCUUACCUCUGAAAAUGUCCCCCAAAACCAAUCAAGAUUUUGAAAAUGACCCCCCCUCCUGCAAAAUGGUGGCCCCACAUCACAGGUAAUAAAUGACCAGUCCCUCAAUAUCUCUCUAGUUGGGAUGAAUCUCAAGUCAUGCAUUAACUGUUAACCACCAUGGUCUCAUCUUGGUGUAAGUUGCAUGUGUCUUGUUUUCCAGCUUUUUGCUAGUAAGACUGCUGAGCUCCUUGCAUUUCACCAAAUUGAAGUGAAAAGCUCCUAUCCCAAAGAAGGGUAAGCAGUGUGAUGAUUAUUAUUAUCAUGAAAACAACUUAGGUCCUAAGAGCGGUUUGUCAUAAGACAAUGUUUGAUUAAAAUUUGCCCAUGUGCGACAAAAUCCUAUCUGCUGUAAGACAUGAUGACCAGACAGAUCAAAUAUUUAAGACUGUCAUUUUAUAGCUGAUGAUUUGUAUAGCAAUUAAAGAGAUUAAUAGUCAACUUCAAAAGUAUGUCAAACAGUUUUUCUUCCUUGUCCGACUAAAACACUGACCUGGUUAGAGAUAAGUCCUUCCUAAAAAUAAAGAUUAUCUGCUUGACGGUCUAAGGCGUUGUUCAGACGCCGUACUUUUCAUGUGCCGAACCUAACCGAAUAAGUUCGACUUUGGAGCGACACUGGCGCGACAUCUGAUUCAGACGGCGUACCGUGUGUCGAACCUAAGUUAAGUUCGACAAAAGUUCGACAGACUCUGUCGAACUUAACGCUUUUGCCGCACCAAACUAAAACCGCCGUACCAAAUUGAUUCAGAUGCCGCUCCUUUUGCUGUACUUAAUUCAUCAGUUAGGUUCGGCACAUGAGUGGAGCGGCGUCUGAACUGGGCCUAACACUUGUCUUUUAAAUUAAGUGCAAUAUUGUACAUGUGCCAAACUGGUAACCCCAAAUACAGUGUAGCAGUAAGAUGCCAAAAAUGGUGACGCUAUGAUAUGCUUUGUAGAUGGGUAGAGCAAGAUCCAAAGGAAAUUCUAUCAUCGGUGUACUAUUGCAUGGAACAAACACUUCACAGCUUCAAAGAUUUAAAAAUUAAUCCUGCAGAUAUCAAAGGUAUGUUUGAUAAUUUUAUUAUGUACUAGUAUGGCUAUAUCUCAUCUAGCCAUGUUUUGGAAGCUACGAGAUGUUUUAUUCUUAUUUAUUAGUACUCUAUUCUUUUCUGAGUAAUUGUCAGAUGACUCUGGAUUUUACAGAGAAACCAGGUUCUAUAAAAUUGGAUUGUGAACGCAGAGCUGUGAAAAAAAAAAAAACGAAUUUAAGCUAGUCCCUUGAGCAAGCAGCUCUCAUAUUUUGCUUGCCAGGUGUCUUAGUUAAUGAUUUAGUUAGAAUAUGGCUUGACUAGAUCCUUCCCCAUUGAGUAAGGGAGUUUUAAGAGUUCCAUGUAGUUGCACAGAAAGAAAAUCUUAAAGUCCAGAACUACCAGACAGGACUUUCUACAAGCCCUGGAAUGACUAUAUUGACACUUCAAUGUAACCUCUGACUCUAGAAUUUUUGUUUUUCAGCUGUUGGAAUCACAAAUCAGAGGGAGACUACUGUGGUUUGGGACAAGCUUACUGGAGAACCACUGCACAAUGCUAUCAGUAAUAAAAUGACUCUGCUUUUGCAUGAAACUGUAACAAGCAAUUUAAUUCCAGCUUUAUUUUGUAUAUAUAUAUAACAACCGUUUUGGAAGGGUGUUGCAUUUGCAAUUUAUUGUAUAUUAAAUGGGUUUAUAUGAGUGAACUGAGACAUAUUUUGUUUGCAGUUUGGCUUGACACAAGGACGAAAUCCACUGUUGAUGACUUUGAGACCAAAACAACUGAAAAAACAAGAGAACAUGUUCGAGUAAGUGUACAGUAGAAGGGUCUCAAUAGGUUGCAGUUGACACUGUAUUAAACACACAUUCACAGAGAGUCAAAAGAAGCCAAGGAAUGGUUGGGAACUUGGAAUAGAGAAUAUUAAUGUCAUCUUGCUAACAUUAAAAUCGUCACCAAGUCAUCUUGUGGCAAACAAGUUAGUUAAGUGGUGUAGAAUUCUGGGAAUGACCACAUUGCAAUCCUUUUUGGCAUGUGCACAAAUCUUGUGCCAUGCUUCUUUUGUACUUUCCACAUGAUCCCUGGGAAAUGCACCUAAAACUAAUGGUAAUGCGUCAGAUUUUUGAUGAUUAUGUUGUUACUGUAGUUUGUAAAAGUCAGUAAGCUGGUACUCCUUGAAUUAUUGUUUCAGUCUAAAAAUAUUUAGAAUGGAGUAAACCAUCUCCAUUGUGGUAAAAUAGAAAAUUUGGAAGUUAAGUUAUUUUUGUAAGUUUUGAGCCCCACCCUUUUUUUGGUCCCUGAAUGCCAGGGAUUUUUAUGGCCUCAGUGGUUUACGUACAUCCUACAUGAAAAAAUUUUGUAAGGGCUAUGAUUUUCUCUCCUUCUCAGAGAAGAAUAGAAGGUGUAACCCAGGGUUGUCAUCAAGAGCCAGGGGCCAAGGAUUUUCCCCGGCUACCAAGAGAGUGGCCCCUGGCUACUUUUAUUGGAAAAUUGAAGAAAAAUAGAACCAAAAGAAAUCCGUAGCCAUUUGAUUCCCCGCCUACUUGUUGUAUUUACCCGGCAACUUGAAAUCUUAGUGACAACCCUGUCUAACCAUUUGAAGAUGAGGAACGUUAGGCAGCACCCUCUUCUUAGAUAUUUUAAGACCCUGAGUGUGGGUCUGGUCAGGAAUGAACUCAUGCCUACAUACCUAAUGAGUUGACAAAUAAUGCGGAAAAUAAGCAUUAGGGUACAGUGUAUAUCAUUAGAGUUUUAAUGUCCUGUUUAUAGUAGUGACAAAGAAAAGAAAGUAAAAUGUUGGGUAGACUAUUAUUUUAAUAUCACUUGGUUGUUAUCUCCUUGCAACCUUUACCAUUUGCAGAAAUUGUGCGGUCUUCCAAUCAAUACUUACUUCAGUGCAGUAAAGUUGAGGUGGCUCAUUGAUCAUUGUGAAGCAGUAAGAAAGGCUAUUGACGAGGAAAGGUGUUUGUUUGGAACUGUGGACUCGUGGUUGAUUUGGGUAAAGUCAUUUUACAUGCUAUUUCAGAGAAUUUUCAAUACUCAGGACUGAAGUUUUUUGCCUGCCCUUCUCCUCAGCCCUUCCGGCAUCCAUCUGCAAAUCCCACUCAAGUAUUCACCCACAAUGUGUAUGUUGUGGUUCAAAAUUUUUCUUGGUUUAAAUUUUAUUGUCUUUUGUUUCAUUAUGAUACGUUAUCAUACUCAAAAACAAAAGAAAAUAAAAUUUGAACCAAGGAUAAAAUUGAACCACAAUGUAUAUGUUACAGGUCAAAUUACAUUCAGGUUAAAAUUUUUUAACCUAGGUUGAUUCUCAAUUUCUAAAUUGUAUCCUAGCCCUAAUUGAUGGGCUAGGAGACAAAAGAAAUUGAGAAUCAACCUAGGUUAAGAAAUUUUGACCAGUAUCAUAUACAUCUGUAGAUGUUUACUGCAGUUACAUGAUAAUUUUAUGAGGAAUUUUCAGUUGAGUUUGCUUUUGUUGUUUUAGUGAUGUGAAAUUUUGUCUUCUGUUUCAAAGAAUUUGACUGGUGGAACAAAUGGAGGCUUACAUAUCACAGACAUCACCAAUGCAUCAAGAACAAUGUUCCUCAACCUGGAAACUCAAGCCUGGGAUCCAUACUUGUGCAAGUAAGAUGAUAUUAUUGCAGCAGUUACUGGAUGAAAAUGGCCCUAAAAUAAAUGCCGUAGAUCAAAGCAAAAUUACCACUAAACUCCUCCCUUGAUUAAAUGCUGCGCCCAAUAAGAAGGAUGUAACAUUUGUUCCAGGAUUUUAAGAAAAACUAGUUGUUAGUACAACUUGGUAAUCUACACCAUUCAGAAAAUUCCAAUAUUCUGUCUCAGCAAAAAGAAAAAUAAAAAAUGAUUUUUCUAAGAUGUUCUGUUCAAUUAAUUUCAGGUUUUUUGAUAUUCCUAUGUCAGUUUUACCAGAUGUUAGAAGUUCCUCAGAAAUCUAUGGCAAACUGGUAAGUGUUGGUUCUUUUUUACCUGUUGUUUUGUGUGUUCUAAGCAAAUCAAUAAUAAUUAGAACACACAAAACAAGAGAGUUCAAAAUUAAACGUGAAUUAAAAAAAAUGGAUCACAACUUUAAACAUCUAACUUACAAAGUGUAUUUGGUUAGCCUGCUAAUGAAUACUUAUUUCCACGCAUUUACAGGCUAAUGUUUGGAUAAUAGGACAAGAAAAUAAUGGACAUGUCUUUUAUGUAAAUGUGUGAAAUUACAUUAUUUUGAUUUUCUUUUUGUUGGUUUUUAGGCGGAAGGACCCCUCAGUGGAGUGCCAAUAUCAGGGGUAUAAAUAAAUAAAGUCAUUUAUUCUAUUGUUUUGUCUUUUUGUGAACGAUACAAUGUACUUAUGCAAACAAACAUGUGUGGAUAGGUCUUAGAGGACAAUGAAAGCCAAAAUAAAGUGCAACAUGAGAAUCAUACAGAAACAGUUCAUCACUGUGUAGAUCUCCUAAGGAUGAUCUGGUCUGGCUAAAUGUUGCCCUUCUCUUUCUUGCAUAAAAACUCUUUAAAAAUGUCUUUGGUUAAGAUAGGCAAUAAAGAAUAUAAAGGGUGAAAGACAAAGAGAAUGACUAAAAUUAGUAAGUUAAAUGAAGUAAUUUUUUAAAACACAAUAUUAUUGUAAGGCUAGUGGAUUGAGGUGUGUGGCAUUCAGGUUAGUGCAUUGUAAGUUUGUAAUCCUUAUUGCAGUGUCUUGGAGACCAGCAAGCAGCUUUAGUUGGACAGCUGUGCUUUAACCAGGGGGAUGCCAAGAACACGUAUGUACAGUAAAUGUGCUUUCUGAUUUGGUAGUUUAUGUUUUACUACGUGAAAAUGAAGUUCAGGGGUCAAUUUAAUAAACUAAAAUUAAUUGUGUAAUUUACAAGUGUAGCCAUUGUUUUAGAGUCUAAAAACACUGCUUGUCUAAUUAUAAAUUACACUUGUAAAAGUGUCAUUAAAUUGACCCCAGGUUAAAAUAGUUGCAACCUAGGUUGAUUCUCAAUUUUUUUGUCUCUUUCCUAUUUUGUUCUUGAUCAUAAACAAUAAUAUCAGGGCUAGGAGACAAAAAAAUUGAGAAUCAACCUAUGAUGAAACCAUUUUAACCUGAAUUUUAGUUGACCUACAUGUACAACACUUACAUGAGGUCAGUGUUUGAUCACUCUUAAACUUUGUGUUGUAAAAAUUUUGUGUAAGGCUAAUGAUUGCUUCACUCUGUAGGUAUGGCACUGGAUGUUUUCUGUUGUACAACACCGGAAGAGAGGUAUUACAAGGACUUACCCGUAAAAUGAUUUUUUUAAAAAGAUUUAUGAAAAUUUACUGUCUGUUGUCUUUAAAGAGACAUAUUUAGAUUGCCAUUAAAAUACUUGGCGCUUUAAUAAACCAGGUUUUAUGAGAAACAAAAGUGUAUCCUCAGUGCAUUGAUCUUAGGUGCUGACUAAUCUUUUGUAUUACUGAAGGCAGUGGUUUCACAGAAUGGUCUGCUAACAACAGUAGCUUACAAACUAGGACCUGACCAGCCAGUGGUGUAUGCCUUAGAGGUAAGCUUGGUCAAUUAUUGAUUACAGCAUGUGUAUAGCAUGCAGGACUAGCACUUUUUGGUACUGAGUCAAUUUUCACUUCUGAUUCCCUUUACUUUACAGGGCUCUGUUGCUAUUACUGGAGCUGCUGUGAAAUGGCUGAGAGACAAUCUUAAUCUCUUCAACAAGGCUUCUGAGAUAGGUAUUUAUUUUUUUAAUAGCUCUGCUAGUGGCUUUCUACUCUGGCUGAGGUUUUUGAAGCAUAAUACAAACUCAUACAUUCCAUUUACGUGGUAGUUUAUCUAGGAUUCAGGGCUGUCACUUAGGGCCAGGGCCAGGAUUUCUCCAGGCUUCUAUGAGCAUGACCUAGUGAUUUUGUCACAAAUAGUUAUGGUGAGUCCUGGGACUCAUCUUGUGAAAAAUCAUAAGUCCCUGUCCAGAACCAAUGAGCCCCAGUUAUAAAAAAAGGAGUCCUAAAUAAUAAUAAUAAUUAUUGAAAAUACUUGGGCCUUUACAGUGUAUGUAACCAGACAGUUAAUCUGGAGACAGACACCAAAACUCUUUAUUACAGUUAGCAGAAAUUAAGAUAUAGCCUUCUACAUAUUUAUAGCACAAAAAAGACUAAAAUAAAUAUGCAUCUUUAAACAAAAGCCACAGAAAUCACAUGAACAGGAUAUUCUACCAAAAAAUCUUCAAAUCGGUCAAUGGUUCUUUGCUUCCUAUGGGAAGCAUGCCAUGAAUAAUAUUGUUUUGCGUCUUUGAGGAUUUUUAUGCUUCAGGGAUGCAGGUUGCAGAGGUAACAAAAUCACUGAUGACCCUCAGCUACUUUCAUAGGCAACAAAAGAAAAUAGAACCAAGAGAGCUUUCCAAUUGUUUAUUUCCCGUUACACCUUGGUUUGAAUUCCAUAGCAAAAAGCCUCUGUGUCUGUUGAGUGAAUGGUUGAUGUUUUGCAGGAAGAAUAGCUUUGUCAACAUGCAGGCCAAACUGUUAUGGAAUUACCACACUUAAUUAUGUGACAAAUCUUCAUUUUUUUUGACUCACAGAAACUUUGGCAGCCAGUGUAAGCAAUUCUGGUGGUGUAUACUUUGUACCAGCAUUUUCUGGGCUCUAUGCACCAUACUGGCAAACAGAUGCUAGAGGGUUCGUUUAUCUUGUUCUCAUUUUUAUGUGGAGAGUAUAAAUUAUAUCAGUUGACAUUGAAUGGUUGCUGUGACCGACUUUGACUACAUUGUAUUUACUGUUGUUUUUCAUUGGAAGAGUAGAAAAACAGUUGUGGUUACAUUUAUGUGCACUUUUAGUUUUUUUUGCAUUUGAGCUUUGAUUAUACUAGUAUGAGAGGGUAAUAGCAACUUCAUGUCAUAGAGUAGGUAUGGGCUGGACCGGUGAGAAAGUGUUCCCUUAGAAAAAUGACAGGGUUGUAUGUCAGAAGUUUUGAAAACUAAUUCCUUUCAGGUACCAGAAUCUCAUUUUGUGGGUGUGUGUCCAAUUCAUUUUCACCCCUCAGAGCUACCAAAAUCAGUUGAGUUCAAAAAGGUCACUUGGUUUUUCAGGACAGUACCUCAAGAGGCUCCUAAAACUAUAACUGUGUUCAUUUUAGAUUGAAACACCGUAAGUGGAUCCAAUCCACAAAUUUUACCACCGAAAGGCACCAUCAGCAACCCCAUGAAUUUUAUGUGGGAGUACCCUAUAGGCUUUCAUACAGAGGGGUCAUAAGGUAGUUGAGUGGAUAGCAGCACUGCCACCAAAGUUGAUUUUAAGAGCUUGCUUUGCGGAUGAUACCUUUCUCUUCAGAAAGACAUAAAAGAGAAAAUGCUGUUAUAUUUUUUUGUUUAGAGUUAUCAUAGGACUAACACAGUUUACCAACAAAGCACACAUAGCAAGAGCAACUCUUGAAGCCACCUGUUUUCAGACAAGAGAGGUAUGAGGAGGUCUUAACCACAGCUAAAUGAAGGAUAUUAAUAUUUGCAAGAUCUAAGCAAAGUACUUCAAAACUAGGGUUGUAAUUUUCACUGAUGAAAGUUAUACACUGUCAAUGUACUGAACUUUUUGAAUGUUUACUAAUCUGAGCAUUUAAAAACCGAAACUGCAGAAAUAUUUAUUGUUGUCAACAUUGUUCAUAAUAACAUUGAUCACAGCCUAUUGUAAUAUCACAACUUACCAGAAUGCUGGUUAGAAUUUUUGAUGAAAGGAGUUUGGGUUGAACAAGUAAUACUGCUUAUGGUCUUUGGUUGAACAGCUGGUGAUGCACAUACCCACAGGGUAUGAAAGAGCACACAAACAACUUGUUACAUGUCUGUGCUCAUGUGUUGUAGAACUAUUGAGCAAAGUGUAUAAAAUAGAAUAAAACAUUGUCUUAAACUGUGUUUUACACCUGAUUCAUAUUUUCUAAGAGGUUUGAAAAUACAAGAAAUAUUAACGUUGAUGGCUUGUAACUUUGUAGCUUUUAGAUGCCAUGAACAUGGAUUGUGGGAUCCCAUUAACAUCUCUUCAAGUUGAUGGUGGAAUGACUAUAAAUAACUUGUUAAUGCAGUUACAAGCUGACAUUCUUGGAAUUUCUGUAGGUAUGGACUGAUUUCAGAAACCAAUCAUUUUUACCCAAGUUGAUUCAUGCCCAGUCAAUUUGUACCCACACAAAACCACCACAAAUUAUGAUUUCUUAUGUAAAUAAAAGAGCUAAUGACAAUCAUGCAGGCAAUCACAUGAGAGCAGUAGAAAUUGAGUCUGUUGUAAACAUGGUGGGUAUGGCAGAUAACAUAUGAACAUUUCGGCCAGUUAAACUGCUCUGUUAUUAACUGUAUUUCCAUUGUUGUUGGUAGUUCGUCCAACAAUGCCUGAAACCACUGCUCUUGGUGCCGCAAUGGCUGCUGGUAUGGCAAAAGGAGUGGAUGUGUGGAAAGUAAACCCAGAGGAUAAGUCUCAAAUCAACACUGAUGUGUUUGAACCUGCUGUGGAUCCAGCUGGUAAGUUUACCACAACCAACUGUUGGUUUUCACAUUACCUCAUCAAAAUUCAAACUAAAGAAACCAUCUAUCCUUCCAAUUUUUUAACUUUCAUGAAGUAUUUGAGCAGCUAAAAACUAAUAGUUAUACAAAUUUUUACUUUGAAAGGGUUCUUCAUUUUGUGAGUAUAGUAUAUGCUAAGCGUUUUCAUGACACGGCUUUUGCAUGGUGGCCGAGAGAGCUGUAAUGUAAGGUAAAAAAGUGACUGUUGGUUGCCAGCUGCCAUGUUGGUGCCCAUCCACAUGGGCACCGAUAUGGCAUUUCCAAACAAAGCUCUAUAAAUUUGGGUAAAUCAGUCCUUUCUUUGAAUGCCUCAUAUAUGAAAAACUGCACUGACUUGAAUCUUGACAAGGGCCUUACCUCCUUUCAUUUCCCAGAUAAAUGGUUUUGAUUUUUAUUUUUGAUGGUGUGAUAGUGAAAACCAGCAAUACCUAGCUUCUACUGCAUGUUAAUUAGAGGACCAGUGGAAAAGUGGAAAUGUUGCUUUGACAGCCUGAUCAUUAUGAGCAGUGUCAAAGCCAGUCAAAACCAGUCAAACCAAAAAUCUGGGUAUUUCUUGGCAUUGUGUUAUGGUGUGCAUUUUAUAUGUUAUCAGUGUCUUUUCAAUUUUUCCUUUUGUAUCAUUUGGUGAUAGCAUCAUCCAAGUUAUCUAGAAAUUACUGCUUAUUUGGAGCAAUUUUGAAUUUCUUUCAUCCUUCCUUCCUGAUUAAGUAGUGCCCCAUGUAGCCAUCUUUGUCUCAAACUGCAUCAUUUUCUUGAGCUCCCAUAAGAAAUUUUCUUUAGUGUUAUUACAGAUAACUAAUUAAAUCUAUUGUUCUUGAAAAAAGUUAAAAUGAAUGUAAUAAUAUGCUUUAAAUUAUUCUGGUACAAGGUUUUUGUCCAGUGAAAAUUAAAAUUACUCAAAUUUCCUGAUGGAUUGCAUCUUAAUUUUUUUUACUGACCUCAUUAAGGGCUUUACUCAACCAAAACUCUUCUUAUUACUCCUGUGUGAUUCAAUGAACAGAAACGUACACAGGUUUUGAUUGUGUGGGUGUCCUGUGCAUCUUACAUGGACAUGUAUGUGUUACUGGGUGUAUGAAGUUGUUGAUUUUAUUCCUGUGAAUUAGAGCGGGAUCGCCAUUAUGCUAAAUGGAAGAAAGCAGUGAAGAGAACAAUGAAAUGGGAAGUGAAUGAUGAUGAAGAUCAAGGUAAAAAGAUCUGAAGUAAUUCCAUUUACCAUCACAACUGCAUGUUUGUUUUUACAUUAGUUUGUCUUCUUCGUUACUGUACCCUGACAUGAAAUAGACAGCAGACUUUACAAGGUGGCUACUUUGGGUGGCCAUUACUUGUGGGUGGAUAAAAAAGCCAGUAAUUUUAACAGUUGUUUUACACCAAUAUAUGACUUAACAAGCCUUUUCCUUGAAUUAACUUAGUACUAUUAUUAGUUUUGUUACUUUCUUAUUUUAUAAUUUUUUUUCUUUUUGAUAGUAUUUUAAAUUUAAAUCUUAAUAUUAUAGACAAAAAAGAUUAAUGCUUAUGGUAUCACUGAUAAUUAUUCUUUAUCUCACUACAUAAUAAUUGUUACAGGUCAAAGUUAAAUUCAGGUUAGAAUUGUUUAACCUGUAACGUAUUCAUACCUACAUGUACUGCACUGCUUGAAAGGUCACAUAAAAUGCUGCACUUUGUUUUGUUUUAAAGUUGCUAAUUUUUGGAAGGUGUGAAUGUUUCAAAUUUUUUGCAUGAUUUCCACCACAAAAGGAGACAAAUAUAAGUUGCAUGAAAUGUACAUGGAUGUAACAGUACUAUAUCAUAUGUGUUUUAGAAACAAUUAAUUUGCACUGUGCCUUAUUUGACCCAAUCACAGCACUUGUUUGCAUGUUUCUUUAAUAAUUCAAAGUUGCACAAUUCAUGUUGUUUUAGGUUGAACAUAAAAAGAUGUUCACACCAGAGCCGUUUCUUGGCAGGUCAGACAAAUUGGCUUGAUAUUUUUUUGUUGUGUUUAGUGUUUAAUUUGCACUCAUUUUGCCAUCAAAGACGAAGCACCAUUUCAUGUUGUCCACACGUCAUUAACAGCUUUAUACUCUGAAAUGUUAUUUGUUCUUUAUUAUAAUCACAUCUGUUCUCUAUGUCACCGGAGACAGAUUAGAAUGAUGUUAAUGAAAGGUUUUAAGAGAUUGUGCCCUGGGGUGGGAUUGUGAGGGGGAUGCUCAUCGGAAAAUGAAAUCAAACCCCUAAGGGAAACCAAUGUGAUGUGGCUCAAGCUUAAACUGACCCCUAAGGGAGGCCAUACUAAACCAGAUGCACGGCUGAGAAGUGUCAACAGUGGAAAUAGAUUUGUUUCAUGCCAAGGAUGUCAUGUUCUUUUUUAAAUGUAAGAUUUUUGUGUUGUUAGUCUCACAGCAUUAUUUGGACAUUGAUUUCUUCUUAAGCACAGCCCUAAGGAAAACCUGAAUGGACAAAUAUAGUGACUUUCCAUCCCAAACACCCUAAGUGGGACCAAAAUCUGCAAUUUACACGCCAAAGUGAGACGACGAGCAUCCCUGUCACUUUUAUAUGGGAGUCCCUCCGGAGGAUUGUGUAUGUAGGGGAAUAAGGAACUUGAAAGAAUGGAAGGGGAGUAGAAGUGGAAGGAUAGAAGUUGGAACAGAUAUUAUUCUGGGUACCUUAGUUUAGUAUAGCACAAGUGUGACUCAUCAAUGCAUGGUUGCUACAGGAUGGGGAAUGGUUAGUGAGGGAAAAAUAAUUUCUGCAAGGUCUGGAAAAAUAUGGAAAUUUUGGGUCUGAAAAAUUGAAACGAUAAAGCCACUGAUGUUUUACCACUGAUAGUCUGCAACACAUAUUUUACUCUUCUUCAGAGUUAGUGGGGAGGGAAUGUGUCCUUGUAUAGCCUCAACAAGCGAGGGUGUUCCCUUCUUGUACCUUCAGCCACACUCAAGACCAUUUUAUUGUCUUGUACAUUGUGCUCAAGGGACUGCUAAUAAAGCUUGGGUUCUAUACUGUGGAAGGCUGAAAGAACCAUUUCAGGAAACUGUGAUCUAAAAAAUCUUUUCAUUUAUGAAAAAUGUAGAUUGGGUAGAAAGUACAGCUGCAGAGGGUGGUUAUUGUUCAGGGAAAUUUUAUUUUUACUGUGGAAUGAAAUUAUGCAGGAAUUUGAAAAAUUAUUUCUGUUGCAACCGUGAUGGUCUGCAACAGGAAACCUUAAGUGUUCUGGGAACGUAACUAGCUCAAAAUUCUCUUUCCUGUGUUUCAUCUUGUACUUGUAUUCAAAUUUAAAUUCUGCUGCUUUGUCAGUAGCCUGCAAAGCUAGACAUAUUUUCAAUCGCUAGUUCUGUCCACCGGAAAUACAUCUGGGUGCGCAGACCAUUUUGUCAGCUAUUGGACUGAAACAGGUUGUUGGUGGGGUAGCAAAGGCAUACGGAGCAGCUAGGAUGGAGCCUGUAGGCUAGAGAAAAUGCAGACAUCAACCCAAGAAGGAGAAACGUAACUCUGGGCACUUACCAAAAGUCAGAAGUGGCAAGCAGACUGGUUAAUUGAAAAAUGAAAUUAGCUUUUUUCAAGAGUUUUGCUGUGUAUAUUAUUUAGGAAUAGACUGAUCUGACUGGACAGUCUUGAUUAAUAGUGAAAUUCUCCUUGUGACUGGUUUGGUUUGGCCAGCUAGUUCUGACUAAUGGUAAGCACUGUAAGAGUCUUCUUUCUUCUUCAUCUUCUUUCAUAUUUGGUUCACCACACUUAAGGUCGGUACACACUAGGCGACAAGUUGCAGCAACACGUCGCGGCGACCAAUCACUCCAUGUGUACAGGUCGGGCGACUAGUUGCAGCAACAAGGUGAGGCGACACGUCGCAGCUACAAAUCGCUUCGUGUGUACUGGAGAAUUUUUGUGAAAAUCUUUGUCUCCGCAACAGAAUUUUGUCGCUGCAACAAGUCGCAAAAAAUCAAAUCAGACUGAAUCUGCGCGACUUGUUGUGGCGACAAAUUCUGUUGCAGCGACAAAGAUUUUCACAAAAAUUCUCCAGUAUACACGAAGCGAUUUGUCGCUGCAAUAUGUCGCUGCAACUUGUCGUCUAGUGUGUACCGACCUUCAAGAAUGAGGGACUGCUUGCAAUCUUGGAUGCAUGAAACUAAAUUUACCCCACAUCCUUCAAUCUCCCCACCCAAAUAAAAUAUUCUUAACCAGUUUUUGUUUUGCCUUUUAGGUUUAACAAAUACUCCCUCUGGAAUUCUGGGGCCUGCCUUGUUUGUCUUGGGUAGUGUGGCAAUCGCCUUGUUAGCAACAAAAAUUAGUUAACAUAGAAGAAAUUAGGGGAAAUUAUAAUAUAUAUACUAUUAUAAGACAAAGUGAUCUUAGGUCAAAUUAUUGUGGAAAUUACAUAUAAGAUUUUGAUCAGUGAAAUCAUAAUAAUUUUCUUUAUUAGGUGUCCUUUAGUAAUUAUCAGGGUUCGUACAGAGGCUUGAAUUCUUGAAAAAGUCUUGAAAUUUGCCCGGCAAUUUUCCAGACCUGGAAAAAGUCUGGAAAAUGAAGACAAAGUCUGGGAAAAUGAUAAAAAGUCUUGAGUUUUUUUUUCAAAGCUUUUCAUUUUGGUCAAAUCUUAUUCAAUCUGGCCCUUUACGCAUGUAGCGCAUCAUGAAAAAAGCUUUCUUUCUGCAUUUUUAAAGGUCCCUGUCGACCACCUAGUCUGGAAAAAGAAAUUACUGUUUUGGAAAAAGUCUUGAAUUUUGGAUCCAAAAGUCUGUAUGAACCCUGACGAAUAGUUCAAUUUACGAUUAAUAAUAUAAAUUUUUUCAUUCAUGAUUUGACCCAAAUUUGAGGUAAUAAUGAGUCAAUGUUUUUGUUCUUUUUUUAUAAAUUAUUAUUAUUAUAUUUUUUUAUAGCAAUCCUUUAUUUAAUAUACAGGUCUUGUGUAAACACCAGUGAAAUAUCAGUUGAGAUUUUUUGCAAAAACAUGAUAUCUUCACAAGUGAAAAAAUCACCAUUGCUAUGGUUUCAGAGUAAAUUGCACCCUUUGUAGCAAAAAAUAUAUAAAAGGAAAAUGGUUUGGUAUUUCAUUGGUGUUUGUAUAAUAAAUAGAACAGUACACGGUCACUUGGAUAUAAGAAAAAUUGUGUUGAAAAAUAUGUGAGCUUUUCGUACAAAUUUUUCAACACUCAAGGAGGAAUUUCUUAUAUCUGCGUGGCCAAAAAGUGUCCUCUUUUUCAAUUAAAGAGCAUCUUUAAGUUGGGGUAUUGGUAAACAGUCUUUUCUUGUGUGUAGAUCAUUGCAUAUAACGCGAAUAUGGAAAGUGGCGAUUUUGAAAUAAAAGGUAUUUUUUGCAUUUCAGACAUUGAAAUAUAUCUUGUUUAUUGAUUCCUAUCAAUACUCCAGUAGCCUGCGUUGCAGACGUAAUUUAGUCUCGAUUAGUAAUAUCUGCAAAGCAGUGCCGAUAUCUUUGUUCUGGGCCCCCAACGAACUCAAAGAAUUACCGGAAGAGCGUUUCGAAUUUUCUUUUAACUU